UUUUUCAUGUCUUGGAUGACUGCCUGGUCGGAUGCAAGGAACAUAGUCACGAGCAAUGCCACAAUAACUUUUAUAUUCAACCAAGAGCAUUUACCACAGUUGCCCUGGAUUUUGACACCAGACAUUUGCCUUCGUCUCACCUCCCGCCCUCCCUCCCGCAGGAUACUCGUAGGAGCGCCGAAGGACCACAACCUGCAGCCGGGGACGAACCGCUCGGGCGCCCUCUGGCGGUGCCCCCUCACCACGCGAACCACCGACUGCGAGCAAGUCCAGACUGACGGCUUCAAGAAUCCGGAAACAGGGCUCUACAACUUUGACUAUAUAGACACGAAUUUGUCCAUGCCAGCUGAGAAUGAGAUCAAGGACGACCAGUGGCUCGGUGUCACUCUCAAGAGCCAGGGUGCCGGCGGGAAGGUCCUGGUCUGCGCUCAUCGGUACAUGCACAAGGGCCCAGGGUUCCAGUGGGGCUUCGGCCUGUGCUACAUCCUCACGCAGACACUUGACGUUUCUGACUAUUUGGAACCUUGCCGGGGAAAGCCUGUUAAUGAAGGUCAUCAACAGUAUGGUUUCUGCCAGGCUGGAACAAGCGGCCUUCUGCUAAACGAUGAAGCUGUCCUUGGCGUGCCCGGCCCUUACACCUGGAGGGGAACCGUACACACAUCCAAUAUCUCAGAUAAUUUCCUUUUCAAGGACAAGACACAGUAUUUUGGACCUGUGACGGAAAAGGAUUCACCCAUGGACAAGUACAGUUAUUUAGGUUACUCUGUAACAGCCGGCCGUUUCUUUGGGAAUUACAUGUCCUACGUUGGUGGAGCACCAAGGGCAAAGGAGACUGGUCAAGUGGUAUUCUUCACUCGCGAAAAGAUUGGUGAAAGCUUGCUGCGUGUAGAUUUAAUCCUUGAUGGAGAGAUGUUUGCUUCAAGCUUUGGGUUUGAAGUUCUUGCUGUUGAUAUCAAUAAUGAUGGGCGGGAUGACCUUAUUGUCGGUGCUCCCUUCUACUACACGAGCACAUCAAGUGGUGCUGUCUACGUCUACAUGAACAAUGACGGAGGCUUUGUUGAAAAUCAUCCAUACACAAAGAUUGAAGGCGAGGCAGGCGAGAGUCGCUUCGGAUUCUCCAUGACCUCCCUGGGCGACCUUAAUCACGAUGGGUACACGGACGUGGCCAUCGGUGCUCCCUACGAAGGGCGAGGAGCAGUCUACGUUUACUUGGGCUCAAAAGACGGUCUCAUGAGGGAAGACGGACAUGUCAAGGUGUUAUUCGUUGCAGUGAGAAUGGAUCUCGACGGCAAUGGCUAUCCUGACUUGCUUACAUCGUCCUUCUGCAGUGAUAGAGUUCUUUUGAUUAGGGCGCGACCCAUCAUCGACAUCCAGACCAAAGUGCAGUCUCAGAACAACCAGCUUGAGAACAUAGAUCCAAGCAAAAAGGGCUGCAUUGAAGACAUCAGUUCACCUGAGACUUGCUUUUCCUUCGAUGCCUGCUUCAAGAUGGACAAUGAUGCUGGGACAAAGACCGUUCUACGCCUGAAGUACACCAUUGAGGAACAAUUGUACAAGGACCAGCCCAUAGCCAGAAUCCGCUUUUCCGAUGGACUGCAAGAUCGACCGUAUACUGUGGAAAGAGAUAUCAAGCUCCGGCCAGAAGACAUGGGCAUAUUCCAGUGUUCACGGGAAAUUGUGUAUUUACUGGAUGGCCCGAGAGACAUUCUGCGUCCACUAAAGUUCAAGCUGUCCUACGAGAUCAUUCAAGGCCAGCCCAGUCCUGUUCCUGAAGGCAGACCCUUGCCAGACAUUGAUGAAUUCCCAAUCUUGAACCAGCAAGAGGCAGUCAGAUAUUUCAAAGGCACCUUUGCCAAGGACUGUGGUGAGGAUGACAUUUGCGUGAGUGAUCUGAACAUCAUGGCGAACCUAAGCCUGGACUUACACGAGUCUGGUAGCCAUUACCUUUUACGCUUGGGAGAACAGAACACAGUACCUCUCAAUGUAGAAGUGAUGAAUGCUGGAGAACCAGCCUACCAGUCGAGCCUCCUCGUUCACCACCACAAAGCUCUUGAGCUGAACCUCAAAGAAUCUCAUCUUGGCUCUUACCAGUGUUCACGUGUGUCAGCCACUCUCACCCAGUGCGGCCUCGGAAACCCUCUCGUAGGUACAACAGGGCCAUUAAUCCUGACCUUCAAAGAAUCCAAUCUGCCAUUUGACGAAAAGUUCAUCCACUUCUAUGUAGAGGCCAAUUCAUCAUCUACUGAAGAACGUUCAAAAGAUCGUAUACAAUUUGUUGUGGAGGUGAUCAAGAGGGCUGAGAUCUCUAUCUUGCCGUCAGUUGCCCCAGAGCAAGUGUUCUAUGGAGGAGAGGUGGUGGGGCAGUCUGCCAUAAAGCACAUGGAAGAGGUGGGCAUGGAGGUCACCCACAAAUAUGUAGUAGACAACCGUGGCCCCUGGAGAGUGGAUGAGGCCAAGGUGGCCAUCCUCUGGCCAUACCAGGUCGAGAACAACAAAGAGCAAGGGAAAUGGCUUCUGUACAUGACUGAAGUUCCAAGUGUAGAUGGUGCUGGAGAAUGUGAAGUUGAUUCCCAAUAUGUGAAUCCCCUUGUACUGCGCCGGACAAUUGCUUCGGCCUCAACUGGUCUUGAAGUUGAAGGAGAACUGGAAUCCACAGAUUACCCAGAUCCUGGCAGAGAUGUAGUUACUGGGUCAGGUGAUGUAAAGGUAACAAGUGAAGUGACGACUAUCAAGAAGGUAACAAGCACAACAGACAUCAAGAAAACCUCAAAGAAGUCUUCCUCGAAAGAUGUUUCUGUUUCCACAGAGAGAACUACCUCAUCCAGUGGCUAUUCCUCAUCCAGUUCCUCUUCUUCAAACAGGUUUUCAUCCUCAACCUCCGAAUUCAGCAACUCAGGAUCAACAGAUGAAGAGGAAUAUGGCAGUGGGUUUGGCCAAGGAGCUGGUAGAGAUCAUGGCAGAACACAUUUAAGAGUUAGCAGGAAAGUAUUUACAUCAGAUAGGUCCAAAUUCUCAGAUUCCGACUCUGGGGCGAAUGACCUUGACAAAGAAAAAGAUGUGGAUGGGGAUGGACUCAUCUCUCACCAUGAAGAAACUCGCACUUCUUCUGGAGUUUCUCCUGAUGGAAGAACAAGAUUUUCUGAAACCCACCAUGUAAGUAAGAAGGUACACGUCAAAGAGAGCACAACUGAUGAGGACUUGCCUGCUGGGCGAUGGGGACAGGGAGGGGGAUUCCGUAAGACUUACAUUGAAACUUCCAGGUCUGGAUCUUCCAGCUUUCCAUCAGAAGAAGACAGAAGAAUUUUCUCAGAAGCAGAAGGUUCUUCAAGAGUAGGUAUCGAUGAUCAUGCAGGCUCUGGAUGGCAUGAUAGUUCUGCUGGAAGGGAUCACAGCGUGCAUGUGGAAGAUAGCUCACGCAGAGUACAAACAGUAAAUAGGGAUGAAACUAUUAGAAGAACUCACUACGGUGGAUCAGACAGGGAUGGAGGUUACAGAAGAGUGUAUGAGGAAACUAGAACCACAGGUCAUGGAAGGGUUGGAACUCAUACUGGUGGCUAUGAUGAUACAUAUGAUAGAGAUGGCUUUAGGACACAAACCUUUGGCAGACAUGACAGAGUUGGAGCAGAUAGAACAGAAGGCUCAGGUUGGUCUAGAGGAUCCAGGACUGAAUAUGGAAGGAGAACUGGAGACACUGAUGAGUCCAGGAGAGUGGGAGAUAGAGACAGAUUUGACACUGAUGGUUCAAGAAGGGUGUCAGAGGGAGACAGAGUCAGGUGGAGUUAUGCUGAUAACCAAGGACGUACAACAGGCAGGGAAAGCACAGGAACUUAUUCAUCAUCUAGCAGAGGUUAUGAGAGUGAAAGAACUUUCUCUGGUGAUUAUGACAGAACAGAUGAUGGAAGCUACAAGAGAACAUAUUCAGGUGCAUAUGAUAGAACAGGUGUUGAUUCUAGGAGAAGAGGACAUUCUGGCGGAUAUGACAGAACAGCUGAAGAAGACGGUUCCAGAACAUACUUUGCUGGAUAUGACAGAAUAGGUGACAAUGAUCAGAACAGACGGGGCUAUGGCAGAACGGAAGGAGAGAGUGAGUACAGAAAGAAUAUUGAUACCUACGACAGAGGAAUAAAUGCUGGCGGUAGAGGUGAAUCAAGACCCUACGAAAGAACAGAGUCUACUAGAACAUACCAUAGCAGCAGAAAUGAAGAUGGAGACUUCAGAGAUGGCUCAUCAAGGUCAUCUGGAGACCAGUAUUACAGGAGAACAAACUUUGACAGAUCUAGUGACCAUACAUCUGGAACAGAUUCCUUCAGGCAUACCUCUGGUGAAGGCAGAGAAGAUGGGUCCUAUUCCAGGUCAGGACAUGGCACCCUCAGGACCACCACUUGGGAUUUGACUGCUGACAGUGACAGGCAUAACAGGGCAAGACAGGGCUCUCACUCAUCACGCCAUCAUGUCACUAGUUCUCAAGACCAUGGUACGUUAGCAAGUGGUUCAGGUACAGGAAGAACGAGUCAUUUUGAGUCCUCUGACUCCAAUGCAAAUAGAACUUACAAACGAGUUGAAGUAGAUCCAGAGACUGGAGAAACCACAGUCUACACAAGAAGAGUGUACAGUCACAGUUGGCCUGAAAACUGGGACCACAGAUCAUUUAAUGAAGAUUUGCCACCCAUGGAAGAAGCUGAACAUGAGGGAAGUCACCGACAACUGAAACGCACCAAACGCGAGAGAGAACUUAUCAUCAAACCCCAGGCUGUGACAGAUGCCAAAACAGGGAAAACAAUGCAGGUUGUGAAUUUGAGAUGUGAUGGAGAUGUUCCAACAGCCAAGUGCUUCGUCUUCUACUGCACCAUUCGUAACCUAGGUGCUAAGCAAGCAGCAAGUAUUCGCAUCAAAUCAAGACUAUGGAACUCCACGCUGGUCGAGGAUUACCCUAGGGUCAGUUAUGUCAGCAUUAAAUCCAAAGCUUCAUUGAUAUUACCAGAAGACAUCCGUGAGGACCAAGACCAGUCAGACGAUGAGGCCUCAGCGGAAACUUUAGCUUAUCCAGAUCUCUUGGAUCAGCUUCCACCAGAGGAAGUGCCACUCUGGGUCAUAUUAGUUUCAAUAUUUGCUGGUCUUUUAGUGCUUUUAAUCAUUGCGCUCAUAUUAUGGAAGUUAGGCUUCUUUGAGAGAAAACGACCGGACCCAACGCUUUCAGGAAACUUGGAUAAGGAUGCAAAUGGAUACUAAUCCUUAAUAGACCUCUAAAAUAUAUCUGUUAACUUGCAAGUGCCAAUUUAUGUUCUGCAUUUUCAUGUGCCGAAAAUGUGAAUAGUGAUUAUGUUUUUUUUUUUAUUUGAUGAUAA